AACAAUAGAUAGAAAAGAUUCCAGAGAUUCUAUCUCCUCCGGACCGUAACUACAGUCCUAUGUCACAAAAGAUCCAAGAACAACGAUUCAAAGAGGAGGAGAGGACAUGAUAUUAGUUCUAGCGCCUUAGCGGUGGACGGAGUGCAACAUGCACACAACCCUGGUCUCAACCGUUCACCAUCGACUGAUUCAGGUUUCACAUUCACAUACGAAGCUGUCGACUGUGCAUUUUGAUCAAAGCCAAAGAAGCACUGAUGAUGGUAUACUUCAUCUCCCCCUGCCUUCUCACCUCAAGUUUAUUUCUAGUCCUUCAAACCCAUUUGUGAAGCACUGUGUCAAGCUUCGCCAGAGCUCCUCUUACCGCCACUUACAUCGUUCUGCUCUUGUCGUCGGAACUACUCCAAUUAGGGAAAUAUUGGAGUUCCAAGGGUUGAGACAAGGACCCAGCAAAGUGGAUUGUUUACUUUUACUUGAUGGGGCUGAGGUUCCCAAAGGGUUGUGUGAUUCCUAUGUUCGUAUUUUGCAUGUGAAUUCUAUGGUGAUGAGAAAACUUUCAGGAGUGCAAUCAAGUGAUUCUAUAGAAACAGUUGCUCUGAUGAGAAUUCCUACUAGUUUCUGCAACAUGGAGGACAACCAAAGAGAAACCAAUUUUCGAAAUUGGUUCCCUUCCCCACAUCGUAUUCUAGUCCUUGAUGGGAUCCAGGACCCUGGUAAUGUCGGUACGUUGCUUAGAUCUGCAAUGGCCUUUAGAUGGGAUGGUGUUUUCCUUCUUCCCGGUUGCUGCGAUCCUUUCAAUGAGAAAGUGCUCCGAGCAGCUAGAGGAGCUUCCUUUCAACUACCUAUUGUUUCUGGCAAAUGGGUUCAUCUAGAAGCUCUCACAACUGAAUUCGAAAUGAAGCUGUUGGCAGGGCAUCCCGAGAGUAUGGGAGAAUCCAAGUGCUCGUCUUCAAUCUCUAAAAAGCUUGUAAGUUGUUUAGCAGAUAAGCCAUUGUGCUUAAUAUUAGGCAGUGAAGGGCAUGGUCUUUCAGACCAAUCUAGGCAGGCCUGUGAGCUUAUAAACAUUCCUAUGGCAGGGGGAUUUGAGUCUCUAAAUGUUUCAGUUGCAGGUGGCAUUUUCUUGUUUUUGCUGCAACCAGAGAAUCGGAUAUUUAUAUAAUUUUUCCCUCAUUGUUUAUGAUAACCAAAUUCUUGAUUCCAGUCCUUUCACCUA